UGGAACUAUCAUGUCUGCCAGUAAAGCAUGGGACCAGUAAUAUAGCAUCAAAGUACAUGUAUUUAUUCUUUGCUGACACGUUGAAAAAAAAUAAUAACGUUUUUCACAGUUACCGAAGAUGGACGUGUGCACGAUCUGAUGCUUCCUCUAAAGGAGAAGCUUUGCUUUGCAGAGAACAAAUAAACAGAAACCUGGACGCGAGUGAUCCACUGGCAACAUGAUUAUCAACAACAUUUAAGCCAGGAUCCAUUUUAAUACAAGUACAGCGGGAACAAGCCAAGCAGCACGUGAUAACCGUGCCAGGAGAAGACGAGCAUGGAGCCUGCGAGCCUGGAAAACUUGUGUGUUUUGUACCACAGUUCAAACUAUAUAGUUGUCAACAAACACUGGGACAUCCGAAUUGACAGUAAAAUGUGGUAUGAGAAGCAGACUGUCCAGAGUCAGCUAAAGCAUCGCUUUCCAGAGCUUGCAGAUCCUGGCACUUACUACGGCUUCAGGUUUUGCCAUCAGUUGGAUUUCUCCACCAGCGGUGCUUUGUGUGUUGCUCUGAACAAGGCAGCAGCAGGUCAAGCUUAUCGCUGUUUUAAAGACAGACGGGUUACCAAAGCUUAUCUAGCACUGGUGCGUGGUACUGUGACUGAGCAGAAUCUGAGCCUGGACUUUGCGAUUGGCAAGAACACCACAGAGGGCAAGACCCAUAUGAUGUGCACUGAAGGAACAGAGGGUUGUGAGAAUCCCAAGCCAUGCCAAACAGAGGUCACGGUUUUAGAGUACGGAGCGUAUGAUGGAGAUCCAGUCACAAAAGUGCUCCUGCAGCCUCUGACAGGACGGACACACCAGCUGCGAGUGCACUGCAGUGCCAUUGGUCACCCUAUAGUGGGUGAUUAUACCUACAGUCUGCGCACUGACAACAGUCCGUAUCGCAUGAUGCUGCACGCCUACUUCCUGCACAUUCCCCUCCACAACGAACCAAUCCACGUCACCGCACCAGAUCCGUUUGUACCCAGCCUCGAUGCUAAAUGGGCUCCACAAAGAGGUGUGAAAGUCCUGGAGGAUUUACUGAAGAAUAUUUUAACAACACCGCAAGCUGAGAUGCAAGAAGAGGCCGAGCCGGAGCCCAGGAGGAGCAGGCCAGUGGAGAGUGAGGAGCAGCGGGCGCAGUGUCAGGAGUGGUUAUGUGAAUGGAGUCUGGACUGAUGAACUGAUGCCAUGUUUUACCUGUAGCAGAAGUUAUGCCGCAAUAAGCCCAGCUCCAUAGGGAAUCCUUUCCUCUUUCUUAUUUAAAUUGACUGUAGGCAGAGCUCCUUCAAAUUUGAAUAGAAAAGGAACUUGAGGUGUACAGGAGUGUUUAACCGUUUGCCCCCUGUGCUUAUGCCAAACUUCACUACUGUUUUAAAAGAUUUUUUAAUAUAUAUUCUUGAAUUGCAUUUCUUAUGCUCGCCAAGGCUGCAUUUACUUGAUCAUAUAUUAUAUAUUAUUAUAGUGCUGCAGGAGUGAUGUUAAAAUCCAGGUGACUUAAUUUGUCACUGGUUCCUUUCGUAUGGGUUUUAUGUUCACUUGAGAGUUAAAUAAUGUCGGUGGUAAAAGUAUUUUUACAGUAGUUUACCGUUUCAUCAACACAAGUUACAUUUUGAAGUUUUUGCCCUCCGGUGUAAGUAAGAUUCACAAAUAGAAUGAAGUGUCAUAGUAAAAUUUUAGUUUUAACUUGGUCAUUGGAAGUUUACUCUGCAAUACUUUGAGUGAGAGUAAAAAGUACUUUAACAAUUAACACACAAAAAAAAAAAAAAAAAAAAUUUUUUUAGUUCUGAUUGUGCUAUUUUGAGCAAAAAAUGCACAUUAUACAUAUUAAACCAAAAGUUACUACAUGCGACAAUAAAAGCAGCAAUAAAACUCUUAAAAGUAACUUAAAUGCCCCAGUGUAUCAUGAGAAAACCAGCAGUUUAUUUCUUUGGAAACUUAUUUCAUCACAAAAUCACUGCAGUCAUACCCCAAUGAUUACAUUAUUACUUAUUAGAAACACACACACACACAC